AUGUCAUCCUUUGAUCUCAAACCCCAAAGCCACAUUGGCAUCACAACCGUACCAGAGAAUAUCGUUAUGACUGUCCCACGAAAUCACGUCCCAGUGCUACUGGAGGGCAGAGUCCCACUACAUGUUUGGAUGGACACCUAUGACAAAGUGUUAGAAAGAUAUCUUGAAAUCACAGGUGCCAUCAGUCCUGCAAUGUUGAUCCCCUGCUUUGUGUGCUGCUUCUUUCCAAAGCUUGUCUCCAUUGCCAGGGAUAGCCAGAAUGCAUGGCUGAGGCUUGUCAAGGAACAAGCAGAAGUUUACAGAAAGUAUGGCAUUCAAGUGACCUUGGCAAAAGAGCUUAGUUCAUUUGGUGCUGGAAGCGACAGAGACAUGCAAAAUGCAACUGUUGGGCUACAUUUUGAUAUUGGCCGAGCACCAGCAAUGCAGGAACCAACAAGAGCAACCAUGCCUGUUGUAACUGCCAUUCCUGUUGCUAGCAGAGCCAACAAAGGACAUCUUCCAUCCACGUUUAUUCCACCCAGUCAACAGGUGGACAUCACCUCACAGCUAACCCAACUGGCAGGCCUACACAAGGAUGGGGCUAUCACUGAUGCAGAGUAUCAACAGGCCAAAAGACAACUGCUGAAUCCAGGACGAGAGAACUACUAG